CGAAAAAAAACCCCUAAGGCUUGAAACCGAGGCAGCAAAAUGAAAGAUGAACAUGGACAUUUGAAAAUCUACCUGCCUAAGAAGCUGCUCGAAUGUCUGCCCAAAUGCUCCUCCCUGCCCAAGGAGAGACAUCGGUGGAACACCAAUGAGGAAAUCGCUGCAUACUUGAUAUCAUUCGAAAAGCAUGAAGAGUGGCUAACGACAUCCCCUAAAACCAGGCCACAGAAUGGGUCUAUGAUCCUGUACAACAGAAAGAAAGUGAAGUACAGAAAAGACGGCUACUGCUGGAAGAAGAGGAAAGAUGGCAAGACCACGCGGGAGGAUCACAUGAAGCUGAAAGUGCAGGGAGUCGAGUGUCUGUACGGCUGUUACGUCCACUCCUCCAUAAUCCCCACCUUCCACCGCAGGUGUUACUGGCUGCUCCAGAACCCAGACAUCGUUCUGGUCCACUACCUUAACGUCCCAGCCAUAGAGGAUUGUGGGAAGCCAUGCGGUCCAAUCCUGUGCUCAAUCAACACCGACAAGAAGGAGUGGGCCAAAUGGACCAAGGAGGAGCUCAUCAGCCAGCUCAAACCCAUGUUUCAUGGCAUCAAGUGGACUUGCAGCAACGGGAACAGCAGCACCGGCUUCUCGGCUGAGCAGCUGGUGCAGCAGAUCCUGGACAGCCACCAGACCAAGCCACCUCCCCGGACUCACAACUGCCUCUGCACAGGGACACUGGGUGCUGGCAGCAGUCUGCAUCACAAGUGUAAUAGUGCCAAACACCGCAUCAUCUCCCCAAAGGUCGACCCGCGCUCUGCAGGUGCUUACAGCAGUACUCAUUCUGAAGUCCAGAACAGUGAUGUGUCUGAGGGCAAAACCGAGCACACCCAUGGAGCGGGCAAAAACGGCAGAACAACGGGUGAUGGGGCAGGUGGAUCGACAGCACGGGAAAAGCGGAACAGCAAAGGAACGAAACCGGCUCUACUUCAUCAGAACAGCAUGGAGGUGUCCUCCACCAACCAGGUUGAGGUACCAGACACCACCCAAAGCUCACCUGUCUCCAUCAGCAGCGGGUUAAACUCUGAUCCAGACAUCGCCGACAGCCCGGUGGUGACAGGUAUGAGCCACGUGGCCUCCGUCAUGAGCAGCCUCUCCCAGUCCGCCACUGUCUUCAUGUCCGAGGUCACAGGCGAUCCCGUGUACAGCAUGUCUCCCACUGAAGAUCCCAGUACUCAUCUUCUAGGGCCAGAAACAGCCUCAAGCAGCUUGGUGCUGGCAGUCGCUCCUGACAGUCACAAAUUUGCUUUUCCUGGAGCUGUGGGUGUGGGUUUAGGAGAUGUAGGGUCUACAGAGAGGUUGGCAAUGCUCUCUGCAGCUAGCAUGUCAGAAGAGCUUGUUCUCUCUAGCAGCCUAGAGUCUGGGAGCAUAAAGCUGCCUGAGACUACCAUGAACUUUGACCCAGACUGCUUCCUCAAUAACCCCAAGCAGGGCCAGACGUAUGGAGGAAAUGGGCUGAAGACAGAGGUCAGCAAUGCCAGCAGCUGCAGCAAUGGAGGGGUCCGCUGUUCGCCUUCUCUCACUGACAAUGGUUAUGGCUUCAACGCCUUACUGGUCAAGAAUAUAAAAACUGAGGACACAUCAUUUGAGCAGCAGCUGGCCAAAGAAGGUGGUUACCAGGUUGGAGAGGUGGUCAGUGGUGCGGGUAGCCUGUCCAGCUCCUCAGGCAGUGGCUCUACCCAGAGUUCACUGGCUCUGACACCAACUAGCUCAUUACUCCAAUCUGGAGGUGGCCUGAGCCCUAGCACCACACUGGAGCAGAUGGAUUUCAGUGCCAUUGAUGCCAAGCAGGACUACUCUUCUACCAUAAUGUCUGCUACAAGCUAUGGUCAAGCUAUACCCAGUCCCCAGCUGGCUCACCAGAGCCACUCUCCCAGUUUCUUUCUGCAGGGCUCACCCCAGUCCACUCAGACUCAAACACACCAGAACACUAGCUCUUCUCCUCAGAACUCACAUGACGCCACUGCUUACAUGGCUUUGUCCGUAGUCAAGACUGAUUCAACAGGCACCAACGGACAUCACCACCACCACCACCAUGCUCAUCAAGGCCAGCACACUGCAUCCAACUGCAACGGCAGCUCACCAACUGAGAGAAACGGGCAAGGUGGCACUCUGCAACUUCUGCAGUACCAAAACCGCUUCACUGGUGCUAGCAAAGAACACGAGGAAGUAGGAGGACUGGAACAACCAGCCAACUCGGAAGGUCAGGAGACAGGUGGGCAGGAGAAGGAGACAGAAGACUUGCUGAAGGCCGGGGAUCAUCUGCAACACUGUGUGGGAAACGGGGCUGAUGGCAGCGGAGCUACAGAGCACUACCUCCAGCAAUCGGAGAGCACCAACAUUAGAGCAGGAGGAGCGGGAGGAACGGGAACGGGCACGAAUAAUGGAGCCCUUUGUAACGGCACCGAUGGAAACAGGUCAACCGGCAGUCCGCAUCAGCAGCUCCAGCCACUCCUACAAGGAGCAGGGCUCGUCCAGGGGCUAUUUAACAACAUGGCUGCCCACCAGGCUCUGGCCACAAGUGGAGCUAAUGGAGGAGGAAUGGAGAUCAGUCUGGAUCACUUUGAUGUCUCGUUCGGAAAUCAAUUUUCAGACCUCAUCAACGAUUUUAUUUCAGUGGAAGGAGGAAACGGUGCAGCAAUCAGUGGUCAAACGGGCAACGCACUCUACAGCCAUCAGAUAAUGGCCCACUCAGGCACGGAAGGGCAAGUGUCAUCUGGAGGAAGCAGCCAACAGGUUGCUGAAGAGGGGACCACCCAUGGAACUGCAGGGUACAACUCUGGAGAAAUCUGUCUGCAGCCUUGUUGCAGCCCGCAGUCAGCCCAGCCUGGGGCAUUGGGAUCAGACACUGGGCAGUUGGCGUACAUGCAAGUAGAUGAGGUAGUGUCUGCAGCAGUAGCUCAUGGGGCCAUGGGAAUGCUUCAGAACACUGGGAGGCUGUUUGUGGUGACAGACUACUCACCAGAGUGGUCUUACCCAGAGGGUGGAGUGAAAGUUUUAAUUACAGGACCAUGGCAAGAGGCCAGCAGUGACUACACUUGCCUGUUUGAUCAGAUCACGGUUCCUGCCUCUCUCAUUCAGCCCGGAGUGCUGCGAUGUUACUGCCCAGCUCACGACACAGGCCUGGUGACCCUUCAGGUGGCUGCCAGCAGCCAUAUCAUCUCCAACUCGGUGGUGUUUGAGUAUAAAGCACGUGCUCUCCCCGCCCUGCCCACCUCUCAGCACGACUGGCUCUCCCUGGACGACAACCAGUUCAGAAUGUCGAUCCUGGAGCGCCUGGAGCAGAUGGAGCGCAGGAUGGCUGAAAUGUCCGGCCAGCAGCAGCAAGGCAGCGGAGGAUCGUCUGAAAGUGGAGUAACAGGAGGAGGAGGAGGUGGAGGAGGAGGAGGAGGCAAUGCAGACCAAACGCAGCUCUCCCCGGGUCAGAGUCAGAGUCCAAGUCAGGGACAAGCUGGAAGCUCCUUCGAAAGUCGAGUUGUGGUGGUGUGUGAGAAGAUGAUGAAUCGUGCCUGCUGGGCAAAAUCCAAGCACUUAAUACACUCCAAAACCUUCCGUGGCAUGACCCUGCUCCACCUGGCAGCUGCUCAGGGUUAUGCCAACCUGAUCCAGACUCUUAUCAAGUGGCGCACUAAGCAUGCAGACAGCAUCGACCUGGAGUUAGAGGUGGAUCCUUUAAAUGUCGACCACUUCUCCUGCACCCCACUUAUGUGGGCUUGUGCUUUGGGUCACACGGAGGCAGCCGUGGUUUUGUAUAAGUGGGAUCGACGAGCCCUGGCUAUCCCAGAUUCUCUUGGGCGCUUACCGUUGGCCACAGCUCGAUCCCGGGGCCACACCAAGCUGGCGGAGUAUCUGGAAAAUCUUCAGAGGGAAGAACAGCAGCAGCAGGCUCCAGCACCCAGUAUGCCUUUCUCCUCAAAUGCGGAAAGCUCCACCACGGAUGGCUGGAUGAACGUCUGGGGAAGUGAGACUGCUCCUGGAAUAAGAGCGACCAACGUUUCUAGCUCGGCUCUGAGCUCAAAUCAAGAUUUGAGGAGACCCAGGUCUGAACCUUCCAGCUUCUACACCAGUGAAAGCCAAGGAGAUGCCCCGUUAACUAAGAAACACAAACCCAAUCCUGAAAUCCACCAAGCGAGGUCAAGCAAGCCCGGGUCUACCCCUCUCGGUUUAGGAGAGCAAGUCCACAAAAGUAAAACAACCAGAGGAGGUACAGCGGACAAAGAGGCAGGAAAAGGAGACAAGGCUCAGACAAAGCUGAGCUCGGCGUGCGGGGGCGGGCGAUGGAGCGGCAAACAGGCCUCAGGACGCAGAGGGCCAGUUGGAGGACUCGCUAAAGAAAGGUUGGCGAACAGGCUGAGGUUACGGGAAGCACCCGCAACGGGAUCGGUCUCCGAGCUUCUGCUGGGACAAGAGGAUCUGGAGAACACAGGGGAUCUGCAGCUGAACAUGAUGACUCUGGCCGAGCACAUCAUCGAAGCAACUCCUGAUCGCAUCAAGAGUGAAAACUUUGUGGCCACAGAGUCAGCACCUCUGGAUAGUGUGGAGGUCAACAGCACUAUGAGCUGGUUAGCUACAUACCUUGGAGAUGCAGAAAGGUUCCUAUACAGCAAGCCGGUGCCAUGCUCCACAGGACUAGGCGCCGGCCACACUGGCAGCCAUCCCGAUUCUGAAGGCCCUUUUGGGAAAUUCGGACUUCCGUCUCCAGCAGACUGGAGUGCAUUUCUUAAUGUCUCUCACAGCAAGAAGGAGCGGGAUUCAACCCAGCUGGCCCUGUCUGACCACGAGCAGAGAGAGCUUUAUGAGGCAGCGCGCCAAGUCCAGAGUACCUUCCGCAAGUAUAAGGGGCGUCCACUCAGAGAGCAGCAGGAACUGGCAGCUGCUGUUAUUCAGCGCUGUUAUAAAAAGUACAAGCAGGUAAGCUCAACAUCUAGGAGAAAUUCUCCUGUAUACCUCUUCUCUCUAGUCAGUAGUAAUGUCGCAUUUGUCUCUUUCUUCCACAAGCUGACAUGGAUAGCCUUAAAGUAUGCACUUUAUAAGAAGAUGACGCUGGCCGCCAUCCUAAUCCAGAGUAAAUUCCGCAGCUACUAUGAGCAGAAGAAGUUCCAGCAAAGUCGUCGGGCAGCCAUGCUGAUCCAGCAAUACUAUCGCAGCUACAAGGAGCUGGGCCGACCCAACCCCCAUUCUCACGCUGCUGCAGCUGCAGUCCUGGUGCAGCACAAGCUCAGAAGCGGUCUGCUCACCAAGAGGCAGGACCAGGCCGCCAGGAAAAUAAUGCGAUUUCUGCUCCGAUGUCGCCAUAGGGCGAGAGAACUGAGAAAGGCCAAGGAACAUGAGAGCUCGCCAAAGAGCCCCGUCACAAUGUAACGUCCACCACCAGUCCAGACUGUUCCCCUUUCCCUCUUUCUGUUUUUACACAAAAUGAACAAUUUACCAAAAGACAAAAACUAUUCAAGAAAAUGGGAGAGAGAAAAAAAAAAACAAACAGAAGCGAGAAGAUGAUGAUGGUUACGUCAUUGCUGAUUCUGUCGACCCUGGUACUGCCACAGCGUUGUGUAUUUUUCUUCUCCAUAGAAAAUGUGGGGAGUUCUGCAUAAAACAAAGACUUUAUCUGGGAAAUAAUGACAUCCUCAUGCCAUUUUUGCACUCUUCAUAUUGUUUUUUUUUUCUUCUUAAAUCGAGGAACGAUUGCCAUGGAGCUGAAUAUUGUUUUGUUUUUUUCUGACUAAAGGCGCUUGUAAGAUAAGAAAGUCAAGAAGAUUAAGAAAGAAAUUGCGUUAAUGUAAUCAUGCUGCUUAUGAUUAUUAUGUUUUUAUAUUUUGAAUGAAAAGUGGGGGAGAAGCUACUGAUUUGAUCAACAACAAAAAAAGAACAAAAAUGAGAAAAGCAAAACCGAAAAAAAGAAAAAAGGUCUCAUUGAUCUCAUUGAUCAUGUGCAUGCAGAGUUCUCCGUCAGCUCCAUGUACGUAUAUAUCAGCUCUUUGGUUCUUACUGGUCCGUCCUUUCAGCUGGUGAAAAAGGGAUGGGCUGCACAUGAAUGUAGACCGGGUUUAGGUUUAAAAAAAAAAAAAAUCUGGGUUUGAAAUAUCUGUGUCUUACUUUUUGUGUUUUUUGGACUAAGUCACGAUUUCAGGGCAGAGCUGAGUCUCUGUCGGGUAUCUGUUUGUGUGCACUGUUUUUUGACUUUCUAAACGAGUCCUUUUCUUAACGUCGCCUUUCGCUGGCCUGACUUUGUGAGUCCCGUGUUUGCUGAAUUUUAAUGCAUGUGUUUGAGAGCCGAGUGCUCCUGCAUGCUGACAAAACUGUUUUGUGGAUUUUUUUUGUGUGCGUGUUAAUUUAAGCUCAACAUCAUUUCUUUGUCCUGCACAUUUAUUAUACAUCUUUUUUUAUUUACAUUUUUUUUUUUUACCUCAUCUUACCUCCUCUUCUUUUACAGGCUACCUAUUUUUUAAACUUACUUUUUUGUUUUUGUUGUAUAAUUGUCUCAUUGUGCCACAGAAACACUAUUUUUGCUGUAUGUUUGUGUGUGUGUGUGUGUGUGU